AUGAAGCAAUUCAUAUAUGUGUUGCUAUUCAUAGGUGUAAUGGGAUCUGAUUUAGAAAGUACAUUAAAAUAAGUAAUAACUCAAAAAUAUGUAGAUGAAAUAAACUGAAUUUGGUCGAUCAUUUUUAGAGAAAAUAUAAAUAAAUGACCCAGUUGAGAAGAUAAUUAGAGACAUUGCCAACUUUUAUAAUAAUGUAGAUAGAAGAUUAGAGGAAGGAGUAUAAUAGUUCAAAUAGUCAUAAGAGAAAUGCAAUUAAGAAAUAAAAGAAUUAAAAACUAAUGAUGAGGAAUUGAAUCGUAAAUUAGUAAUUGAAUAAAAUAUAAUAUAUAUAGAGAGAUAUUUAAAUAACAAAGACACGUAAAUAACCUCGUUAUGAUCUAAUAAUACAUCGUUUUCAUUAGAAAAAUAAAAUGAGAUAAGAACUUGAUCACUAAGAAACUAGAUAUAUUGAAUUAAGAGAGGCAGAAUAAUCAUUUUUCAAUUAUAAUUAAGAUUAAUUAGAUAAAGCUAUGGUAGUUAUUGUAGAAAUCAGGAAUAAAUUUAUUGCUUAUUUGUCACAAAGAUAAAAUAGAUAGAGAAAGGCUGCUGUUAGAGAUAAUUAAUAUUGGGAUGAUGAUGAAACUCCAUUUAAUGAUGAUGAUGAUUAUGAUGAAGAAGAAGAGGAAAGAUAACAUAAUGAAAAAUAUGCAUUCAUAUAAAUCAUUGUUGCUAUUUAAAGGGUUAAGACUGGAUUAGAAAUGGUAUGAAUAUAAAUUUAUAUUCAGAAUGGAGUUACUUAAUUGGUUUAAGGAAUUGAAGAUUUAUGUUAAUAGAUGCAUGAUAUAAAGGAAGGAAAUAUUAUGUAUGAUGAUUCAGAAGAAACUCUAAAUAAAUUAGCUAGUUAAGUGAUUGAUAUCACUUCUAGUGUUUUAGAUUGGAUUGCUUAAGUAAAGAGGAGAGAGGAAAAGGCAGAUGAUAGCAAAGGAGAUGUUAUUAUUUAAACAUUAAAAUUGAUAAAUAAAUAAAAACAAUAAGCUGAUGUUGAAAUAGGAUAAUUGGGAAAUGAAUCUGCUGCUUUAAGUUAGUAAUUGAGUUCAUUGGAAUAGAGUGAAGAUUUAACUAGAUUUUCUAUUAAUAAUAACAAAGACUUGUUAUAAACAAAGAUUGAAAUGUGUAAUGAUUAGGAAUCAGCUUAUAAAAUUGAAAAAAGAUAACUGUAAAUUCGUGAUUGACCUUAGGGAAGAGUAAUUGAAUACAGUUGGGUUACUAUUAGAGGCUAUGGAAUAGAAAGGAGGACAGUUUAAGAGAGUAAUGAAGACAUUAGAAGGAGUGGCAGAUUACAAAUGAUU